UUCAUUUUCAUGUUUCUCUCUCUAAAACAAUUUUUUUCCCCUCUCUUUCGCUAUCGGAUUUUACGCUAGGGCACGCGGUGGAUUCCGGCGAGAAUUCGCCGGCGCAGCCGUGGAAUCGGCGGAGAUUGAGAUGAAUGGCGAUUGUUUCGGAGUGAUUUGUGGAGAAAUGAUAUCUAAGCUGUCGAUGAGUGGAGAUUUUUGAUCCGAUUUCGCGAUCCGAGAAAAAAGUGACCGGUUCUUGGGUUUUAUGUUACUGAAUUGGAUAUUGUUGUUAUGGGAGAUAGUGAUUUUGUGGAUUCUACAUCGAGGUUAGGAUUGUUCGUUCGGAUCAACUCAAUAGCUAUUGACAUUAGUAGUGGCAUGGAAGCAAGCGAGCCACCUAAACACGAGCAUUUUACUAUACGUGGUUUUGUUGCUGAUAUGAGGAAAAAGGAUUUGAAGACAUGUUAUCCAUUUGCACUUCAAGGCGAUGAUGUUGAUCCGGUUAAAUAUCAGCUGCCUCCUCUAUCUGUUCCUGAAUUUCGAUGGUGGCAGUGUUCGAGCUGCGUCCCAAAUGCUGAAACGAAGACAACUACAAAAGAAAUGGUACUGGCGACCACACACAGUAGAGAUAACACAGAUGCAGAAGGGGAAGACAGUGAUCAAAGCAAAAUUAACAAGACACUUAGUUUAUGCAGCGGCGAUUUCACAUGUAGCAAAGGUAAAGCAGAUAUCAGGGAUAUAGAAGCUAGAAAUUCAUUGCAUAUGCCUGAAGUAAAUCUGCAGCAGGUUCUCAAGACGCUUAAUAACACUCCAGUUGACGAGCCAGUUACUGUAUCAUAUGGAAGGGAUGGUCCUUUGAGUGCAUCGGCAAACAGGAGAAAGCCGAAGCUACGUUCUUUGGCUGAUAUAUUGGUGGAAGAAAGGCCCCAAACUAGCAGUAUUCGAAGGACAAGAUCUGCCUCAUCAAGUGGAAUGAAGGUAGCAUCAACUGAGAUGGAAUCAGUUUUAGUUCCUCAGCAUCAGGUAGACGUCCCUGCCGGUCUUGCAGAAGCUGAGAGGAAAAGGAAGAUCUCGCUGAGAGAAGACACAGAGCCUCUGCUGUCAGUUUUUCCAAGGGCUUUUGCUAAGAGAACUAAGGGCCUUGUGCUUGACCCCAAAAAGGUUAAAGCUAUAGAUGCCAACAAAAAGAUGAGACACACCCGUAGAGACAAUGAAAUAGCCCAAAUGGGUGAGCCUCUCCUUCCAAAUAACAUGUCCUCUGCAAGCUUACAGGAACAAACACAGAAAAUUGGAGCUGUGGAUGAUCCUUUAUUGCAUCCUAGAAGAAGCAUCUUCGGAAAUUUCAAUGGCGGAGGAACCAUGGAGUUGGGCCUUUCACUCAAUAGUUUUAAGGAUCCUGUAGGUGAUCACAAUGACCAAAGUUCUUCCAGGAAGCGUAGGUACAUUCCCGAUCUCAAUGUGGAAAUACCCGAGAUGGCUGAUAUGGAGGAAGAGCAGCAAUUUACUACUCUUCCCAAGGAGAGGAGUUUUCCUCUGCAAAAAACUGUGAAUGCCUCUGCCUCUGCCUCUGCCUUCCGCAGUUACAAGACUGGCAAACGAAUAACUUAUCCGGGAAACAAAGAUAACAAUGCAGAACUUGGAGCAUCAGAUGACAUACCGAUGGAAAUAGUUGAGAUGUUGGCCAAAAACCUGCAUGAAAGACAACGUGGAAAUCUGAGGAGACGUGAUACAACGGAAAUAUAUCCUCCUGCAGCCGCAUUUCCUCUUCCCAGCAGCAUAAGUGUUUCAAACGGAAACAUGGGAGUCCAACCAAAUAAAUAUCAGAUGGAUAUGAGAAAACUUAGGCAAUCAGAGCGUCCCUCUAUAACGGCAGGUGCAAAGUCCACUACAUGGGAAGAAAUGCUAGAUUCCCGCACCCAGAGGCGCCCCAUUCUCCCGAGCCCAGUCUCAUUCUUAGACAAAUUGAGAAGCGCCGAUGCCAAGGGAAAGAAAGUUGUAACUGAUGUGGCUGAGCUCAGAGAGGAGGGGAGAGGUAUAGGAUCAUCAGAUCCUUACCAAAGCGAAAAGAUUCCCGCAAUGAAGCUGUUAUCCUUGAUGGAGCAGAGAGUUAACAAACCUGAUCCUUCAUACAAAGUAGGUAAGCCCUUGUCUCCCUGCAAGCACCACCCGCGUCUAAAUGGAAAGGAGAACCUCAUGAGCUUCCUCCACUUUCCUGAAAACGGCAGCAGCUCUUCGUUGAGAGUAACUCAAGAUGAGGCAAGGAGCUCGAAAGGUAAUGAAGAAGCAUUAGGUGAGUGCAUUCUCAACAGGAAUCCUGCAGACUUCAGCAUUCCUCAAGUAGGAAACGAAUUCACCAUAACCGCAAAUGAUUUGGAGCGGGGAACGAAGACGAAUGGUUUGAAGGGAAAAUCGCGGCUAGGCAAUGUCGAAGGCAGGAAGAGAGGAAGAAAGCCUCGCAGGAAGAGAGUGUGAUCAAAUGAGAAACUCAUUUUGAUGAAUAAGAAUCAGUAUCUACUACCUUAUGAUUUGGGAAGCUAGUGAUUCAAAUUAUGAUACUACAUGGCAAUUGCUAUAAUUAGUUUCUAUUUAAAAGGAUAUUUUAGUAAUUUAAACAUUGAUUCGGUAUACUGUUAGUUUGCCAAUUUUUUGGCUCGAGCAUUUUAUGCCAAAUAAAAGAAGUUUAUUUUAUUUU